GCAAGAUAGCGAGGAACGCCUGGCUAUUUCGGCAUUCUGAGAGGGAGAGGUCAAAGCACUUCGCUCCGAUUCGAUACCAAACAAGCGGCGAAAUUUUCAGCCGUUUUGGGAAUCUACAGCUAAAUCUUUUUAAACCAACGAUUGCUAAACUUUAAUUGAGACAUUUUAUGAUUAUUAAAUAGCUUAAUAUUUUAAAGAUUGUCGCAAUGUAUAAAGAAUUCUGCAGUAUUGCUAUUCAGACAGAUGAUUUUGGUUGUGAAAAUGGAUGUACUUCGAUCUACAUAGAAUCAUGCMAAGUUGUCACURACGACUUUGAAUCGACCCAAACACGUGUAGAUCCGAGUAUUCAAGUUAAGGUGGAAGUAAAUGAAGAAGAUUCUGCUGCUUUUAGCAAUGAAUUAGAAAUAUUGCCUCAGUUAGCUAUGGAGAGUGUUGCGGUUAAAUUUGAAGAUAAUUUUGAUCACUUCAGUAAUACAAAUUUAUGUUGUACAUCAAAUACUUUGCCUGAGCAAAAUACAGAGUAUGCUAUGGUAAAUGUUGAACAUAGAUUUGAUUAUAGUGUAAUUACUGAAUCGUGUGAUAUUCCUGAAGGCACAGACCUCAUUGAAAAUGAAUCAAAUAUGGCAGAUGCAUGCCAAGCCARCAACUCGACUCAAAGCAACAUUAGUGAAACACUCAAAGGAAAUACUGAUGAUGRCAGCAAKGGUGAUGRAAAAAAUAUUAUUGAYAGAAGUUCAAAAACCCAGCAUAGCUCAAGCAAUGGCCUUAAAUGUUCUUAUUGUUCAAAGGAGUUUAAAUAUAAAUUCUUACUUAAAGAACACAUGAAAAAACAUACUGGACAAAAGCACUAUGAAUGYARUUACUGCAAAAAAAGAUUCCCAAGAAAAGAAGCCUUCAAGAAUCAUGUACGUCUUCACACAGGGGAGAAACCUUUUCAUUGUUCCUGYUGYGAUUUAAAGUUUUCAUCRUACAAUAAUUUAUUCAGACACUUACGUAAGCAGCAUCCUGGCCAGAAAAACUAUGCGUGYCCGCAUUGCGACAAGAAAUUUAGCACCAAGAUUGAAAUGAACAAACACAUCCACGCAGAAAAACACCUGGACUGUGCCUAUUGUGGUCAAACAUUUUCGUUGUCAUUCCUAUUGAAACAACACUUAAGAAAGCACACAGGAGAGAAGCCAUUUUCCUGUCAUUAUUGUGAAAAGAAGUUUACUUUCAAGAAGACUUUAACUGAACAUUUAAGAAUACAUACUGGAGUAAAGGUCUUUGAGUGUCCUUAUUGUAAAAAGAAGUUCCCAAAUAAGUUGUCUUGUGAUMGACACAUCAGAAUUCACACUGGAGAGAAGCCCCACAAAUGUUCAUAUUGCUCAAAGACCUUUGCUGAACCAAGUAAUUUAACUCGUCAUCUUGUGACUCACACAGGRGAAAARAGUGUUGGUUGCUCACAGUGUGGGAAGAAGUUUGCAAGAGCAAGUUAUUUAAAGUUACAUCUUCGAACCCACACAGGAGAGAGACCCUUUCAAUGUUCAUAUUGUGAUUUGAAGUUUUCUGGAAGAAGCAACAUGAGACGUCAUAUUUCAAGAAUACAUGGUGUUAAAGAAUAGAAUAAUCUAAAAACUGACUACCCAUAAAAUAACAAAGUGCAGAGUUUAUCUUUAUGUACAAGAAGAAGAGUCUUUUUAUGCAGUGUAAAUAAAAUAUGAUAUCAUCAUACAAGACAUUGAACUUUUAAAACAGCCAUACAAUUAGCAUUCUUUUUGGUUUCUAUGAUUCUGAUAAUUAUAUUAUUAUAGUUUAAUUUUAAGUUUUAUUAUUUAAGUUUUGAAGAAAAUAAUAUUGAUUGUAAAAUAAAAGUGUUUUUAUGAACAAUCAGACUUACUGUAUUAAAAAUGACUAAUAAAUGAUAUUGUCAAAUUAGAGAUAAGAAGCCCAUUAUAAAAUUGACUGUGAGAAUGCCAGUUUUAUAACCUUUAAAAGUUCCURUGACACCUGAUACAAUAAUAACUAUUCUCUUUGAACUGAUUCCGAAUCAAGAAAACAAUUGUAUGGUAAAAUAUUCCUGCAUUUCAGUGUUGCGCCUUUGAGUUAUGACRUUAAGGGAGUCUUCAUUAGAUACAUGAACUUUGAAACAGUCGCUCAAAAAUGUUUUCAUGAACUCCAUCUGGGAAUAUGGUUAUUCCCUACAUUGCMUACGAUAAAUUUAAUGUCAUGAAACMAUUUUUA